GGGGGGGGGGCUGUCGGGAGGGGCUCGCCUGUGGCCGUGGGCUUUUCCUGAGCGGCCUGGCUUUUCUGUCAGCCAGGGCCCCCUCGGGUGACCCGUGAGGCCCGAGAGGGGUUGUGCUCCCCUACGAGGUGGGCCUGUGCCCGCCGCGGGUGCCAGGCUUUCGCUGGGGUGCACCUGCGAGCGGGUUUUGUGGGUUCUGCUGCUGUCUUCGCGCCCCCGAGAUGCCGCGGUUGAGGUCGGGGAAAAUGGUAUCGGCCAGCGAGGUGGGGCCGUUUGGCUCGGAAGGCGCCGGCCCCGGCUGCCAGGGUGCAGGGUGUGAGCCAGGGAGAAAGCUCGUAGCGAAGCGGAGUCCUCGCCUGGCGCGGAAGAGAAAAGCAGAGCAGCCCUUACCUACCUGCGCGCAAGCUGCCAGGCUCGCCAGCGCUUCCUUUGGGCAGUUUGCUCCUCUUUUGCCCGUGCAGGAGGAGGAGCGAGGUGAGAACGGCCGGGAAUUCCCAGGUGGAAAAAAAAGGGGGAUACAGCACAGGAGGGCCGCCAGAAGCGGCAGCGGUGUAGCUCCGCCAAUUUCAGACGCAGCCGAGUGUGAAGAUCGGCAGGCAGCAGGUACGGGUGCAGCAGUAGGCUGUGAAGAGACUGUAAGGAGAGGGACAGGGCAAAGUCAACAGCUGUUUUUCUCAGGAACUCCUUUGCAGAAUAAGUUCUCAGAAGGGAUUGAGAGGAAAGAACAUUGCUCAGACCACGUGGACCUCUCAGUUUUCCAAGAGGAUUCAAGGAGUUCAGAAGAAGAGGGGAAAUACGGCUGUAUGGAUAUAAAAUUACAAAUUCCAUCCUCAGAGGAGGAAAUUGAGAGCGCAGAGAGAUAUUGCAUUUCCUGUCUUCCAGAACCAGAAGGGCUGCGACCCAGAGAGGUCACAUGGAGUACUGAAAGGAAAUGCACUGACUCAAUGAUGAUGCAGAAUAGGCAAAUCCCUGAUUUUAGGGAGAAUUUGGGGGGUCAGGAAGCCAUGACUGAAAUAAAACAUCAGAAAGUGAUUGAUAUACCAGAGAAGUUGAAUGGGUGUCCUUUAGUUGGAUCAAGACAACUAGGGACGCAGGAGAAAGAAAAGAAAUGCUUGAGCAAGAAAGGCGGGAUAUCAUUGAUGAAACCAAAACUAUACGGUCCCAGAAAGAAAGGUAGUUCUGUUUUGCUAGAACUUCAUGCACGGUGUCCAGAGUCCAGGAAAGGACCUGUGAAUAUGAGGAAGAGGGAUAGAAAUGCGCUGGUACAGAGCGUAGAUGGACAAGAACCACCAACCAGACGAAAGACAUACAAGUGGUGCAGGAAAGAAGAGUGGCAGAGCUCAGUCCCUCGGAAAGGAGCAGACAGCCCAGGGGAAAAUGCAGAGGAACAGUUGAAAGCAAUCGAGCAAGAUUCCGGUACUUCACAGGCUGUGAAGAAUGUAAAGACAGAGCAAAACAGAUCAGAAGAUUCUAAGGAAACGGAAUCUCACUACUCUGAAUCUCCCAUGGUUGCUGCUUUAGGUGGGACUCAAAGCGAGAACUUUCUAUGCCGUGCUGUAACAAAAAAGUCUGGUGUGCAGUAUAAAGUAAGUCAGCCUAAGAAAAGAAAACCCAGAAAUGGUCAAAUCGAGCACUUGCAAAGUUUGACUCCAGCUGAAAAAGUGGACACAUCUGUAAAAUGUGAUGCUGAACAUUGCAGAAAUGCCCUUAAACAUUGUAGUGGCUUGCUCUGUGCAACAGAAAAGAAUCCAUAUGUGAGAUUAGAAGACUGUAGUUACAUCAAUACAUUAGUGAAGCUUUCAACUAGUGGAACUACCAGCAGUUAUAAAUUAAAUAGAUUCUUCCAUGUAGCCCAUGGUACUGUAGAAGUGAGUGAUACAGUUUGCAGCAAUAGUAGAAUGCCAAAUGAGAUAUCACCCGUAAAAGGUGGUUUAUCAUCUAAUGAAGAAAAAAAUGAAAAUGGAGAAGGCUGUCUUUCGUGUUGUCUGAGUGAAAGCAAUAAGUGUUUAAGGGAAAAAAAGUGGAAUAUUGGUAGGAAACCUAGAAAAAAGAUGAAAAUCACAGAGAAAUCGGAAGUGCAGAAUGCUUUCACAGGCAUGGCUAAUGAAUGCAGUGAGUGUGAGUUACAAGCAGAAGCAGCAGUUGCAGUAUCAAGCUCCUUUGCAAUUUCAGGACUAAAUCAUACUCUGUCAGAUUCACGUGAUCAUGAAUUAAAUCUUCAUAUGGGAAAAAAUACUCAUGAAGCACAAAAUAUAUCAGCCUGGAGAACGAAGAGUAGUACCAAAGCACCUGCAUUUGAAAAUGCCGUUAAGAAGAGGUCUGAGCUCUCUGUAGUAGCAAAAAGAGAAAAUUCAAGGGUUGUGGCACAUCAGUCAGCUGCCUCAGGUACCCUGAGAGCACUAGCUCAGGUCCAUGAUACUUGUGACUGUCACAAAAGCAAGACAGGGAGAAAACUGAACAAUGUGAAUAAGGAAUUUCAGCAGUUUACCUGUCAAAGAGUAGUACCCAUGACUGGUAAAAAAGUUUGGCCUGUUGAAUCUUGUGCCAGGACUUCUGAAUGGGUUUAUAAAAAUCAUGGGUCCAUCUCAGAAGGAAAAAGACUUUUCAAAGCUGCCUGUGAGGAUUCCUCUGAUAAAAGCAGUGUUAAAACUGUAGGAGGUAGUGGUGUGAGUGGGAGUUUGAGACAGUUGGAUUUGCCUGUGUCAUUGGCAGAAAUUACAAAAGAAUCUGCACAUAAAAGAAUUGAUCCAAAUACUGAAUGUCAGACUUCACUUGAAACACCAGAAUCCUCUUCUGUAGAUAUUUACAAGACUUCGAGAACGAGUAAUGAAAAUGGGGAAUCAUCAGUUAAUGCAGAUAAAAGUGGUUUGGCUUUUAACCAUGACGAUGUGCAAGAAGUUAAAGGAACCUGGAACUUUACAACCAAACAAAAAUAUAAAAAUGGCAGAGAUGUAACAAAUAGAAACUUGUCUGUGACAGUCAAGAAGGGUAUAAAAAACCAAAAAAAUAAAAGCAAAGGAGAUGUAACAACUGAAAACCUGUCUGUGACAGUCAAGAAGGGUAUAAAAAACCAAAAAAAAAAAAGUGAAGGAGAUGUAACAACUGAAAACCUGUCUGUGACAGUCAAGAAGGGUACAACAAAACAAAAAGAUAGAAAGGAAGAAGAUGUAACAAAAAGAAACUUGUCUGUGACAGUCCAGAAAGGCACAUCUACAGGUGACACAAAUAGAAUAAACUUUAGCUCUAAAGUGUCAGUUGUGAACCAGACAUUUUCUGAUUUAAAGCUAAUUAAAGGGUUCAACCCUGAAAACCUGACAAAAUUCAGAAUUCCUUUAUGUAGAAACAAGCCUGAAUCCAGGAAAUUGAAAUCUGUCCAUUCAUUUGAAAGAAAAACCUGUAGUCCACUAGAGCUUGAAAGCACUGGUGUUUCAAGAAGGCAGAAGACAGGUGAAGAGACUGUGCUGGUAAAUUCUGAGCAGCACCCUCUUCCUGUCAUGAGUGAUGCUACAUCUACAGCUUCUGUAAAGAAAACAGCAUGUGAGAUUGACAGUAAGGACUUUCAGCACAGUGGCUCUGAAAACUUCUCAAAUGGGAUAUUUGUGCUCCCCGAAAAUUUUUCUGCAUAUCGGCGUCCUCUUCUUGAUGGACAACCAGAGUCAUCUGUGCCUGAUUUCUCCGGUUCUGAAUGUGUGCUGAAACCUAGUUUUCCUGAUCAUUCUUGGAAUUCAGUUGACCACCCUGUUGGAUUGCAAAUAAAUGAUGAUAGCAAAUCAAAAGAGAUUCUUUCACAACAUAAAAGUCAAAAUUCACCAGAUAUUCUUGAAGCUUACAAGCAAGAUAUUCUUGUCAUUGAUGUGAUUCAGGAUGACCCUGAUCUUUUUGGAAGCAGUAAUGAAGAGGAGCUAGCCCUUGCAUGUGAGAAUUGCCCAGUGAAAGUGUCCUCUACUAAUAUAUGCAUUAAAGACACAAAGCCUGAGUCUCCCAUUACCUCAGAAAAAAGACAUUCGGUUGAGAAUAGUUCUGGAUGCAUGCAAGAAUUUGGAAUAUCAAAUGAUAUUGAAAAUUCCUGCAAUUUGGUGCUAAAAGCUGAAGAUAUUAAAACCCACAACUCCUCCAGAGGAAGCAGUCCUUUGGGAGAUGUGACUGAGGACUUUCUUAAAGAUGGGCAACCGAGUGAACUGGAUGAACUUUUGAAGAGUUUUGAUGUGAAUGAAAAGUUCAAGUUUGCAGAUGGAGUGCCUGAUGUUAAACAAGAAAAAAAGAGUGAAGCUGAAAAAAGUGACUGUAAAUACAAAGAUCUUGUGAACUGUGAAUUGCUAUCAGGAUCACCACUGAAUGGCCCGAAAGUAAAUAUCUUCAGUGAACCUACAGUGAUGAAAUCCUGGACAAAUGGUUACAAACCAUCAGGAAAAAGUCCUUUACAGACAUCGAAGAAUUUUGGAGAUUUUGAGCCAUGGAGGAUGGAGAAAAACACAACUGCUUCUCAUUCAGUCCAGCAGAUCCUCGAUGCACUUGACUUGCCCCGUAAAUACUGCAGAUACUAUUUCAUGACUUCACGUGGGUGUACAAGACCAAGAUGUCGGUUCUGCCACGUCCCCGAACAAGGGGAUGAAAAGAUUUGCAUGACAAUUCUUAGGACAUACAUUAAUAUCAAAGAACCAGGCCUCCUAAAACGUGCAGUCCAGAUAUUUGUGCGGUAUUACAGAGGAGUUGUUCCUGGUGUGGAUUUUGCUUCUCAAGUGUUGAAUGAUCUUCUUGUUUCUCUGCUCAAGAACUGUUUGUUGCAGGAGGUAUUUUGGAUAUUGAAUGUAACUGCAGAAAUCAAGACACUGCCAACUACAGAUGUUGUUAUGAAAGUUUUUGAGCAAGUGGCUUCUUUGAAUUUAAGAGAUGCUGUGCCUACAUUAAUCCGUACCUUUCGUAAGCUCGUUGAUGCUGGUAUGUUCCUUGAGUUAGACCAUUUUGACUAUAUUGUUAAAUUACUUCACCAAUUGCAAGUUUCUAGUUGGGAAAUAAGUGUUGUUUUGAACAUAAAAUCCAGAUUUAGAGAAAGACACCAUUUUGAAAAGAACUGGCUUUUUGAUUUCAACUUGGCAGCAGAUGAAAUUCAGCAUUGUAAGGAAAAAAGGGAUUGGACCAAGCUGGGAAUUUUGUAUCUUAAUGCAAGAACUGGAUGUGAAUGUUUUGAGGAUUUUCAGAAAUUAUUUUUAUCUAUUGCUGAAAUACUAACCAAAGAUUCUGAGUCAGACAGACCAGAAGUUCCUUUCUGUGAUUUUGCUGAUGCAGUAAUGAAAAAUUCACAACCUAAUGAAGCAGACAGACUUUUCGUUGGGAGGACUGGAAUAAGCGUAAUGUAUUCUUAUCACGAAGUACUGCAGUGGAUGAAGGGAAGGAAGGUUUUGGAUAAACUGCACGAGCUACAGAUACGUUUUACACUCAUGAAAGGACUUAUAGGUGCAGGGAGGUCAGCAUCAAGAUGUCAGAUUGUUAAUAAAGCUGCAGAAAUCUUCCUUAAUUGUGGAAGUUUGGAUGGAGCGACAAGGGUAUUGAGAGAGUCAGAGUGGACCACAAAUGCACCGUUGUGGCCUUGUGAUAAAAUGGACAUCCUCAAUCGACACAAUCUGUUACAUACCCUAGUGCACAAAUACUUGAGUAAGAGUCUGUACAGGCAGGCAUUUGAAGUUCUGCAGAACUUCCCAGGUUUGCAAAAACAUUCUGAUAUUGUAGAUGUUUCUCAGUACAGCUGCCUUUUUAACAAGCUGAUAAAUGCCUGUUUUGAGAACAAGAGCCUUGGGGUCUCAUCCUCUGCAGUAGACUUCAUGCUUUCAAAAAAAAUUGCUAUUGAUUUUAUUUUACUUAGAAGAUUAAUCACAGCUUUGGGAAGAAGUUCUUUGUGGUCUAAAGCUAGGACAUAUUACAAAAAUGCUUUAUCAUUGGGUUGCUACCCACAGCUGCAGGGAAAUUCAUACCACAAACUUUUGAAGAUUCCAUCUUACCUGUCUGAAGUUGAGAUGCUGUUUGCCAUUGAAAUAUUUCUUGUUUCAAAUGCCAGUUAUAUUCAAAGUCCAAUGACUACUAGUCAAACUUUUCAAAUAAUACUGAAAAGAUGUGAAGAUCAGACAGUUCAGGAUAACAGUGCCUAUCAAGUGGCAGUGGAGAGACUGAUUCUAGCAGCUCGUUUAUCUGAUCCAAAGCUUUUUCUUAAGCAUAUGACAAUGAAUUUUAAUAUGGAAGAAGUUUACAGCCUGGAGCUUUCAUCUGCUCUAAAAUGGCUUCAGGAGAAUAUGAAAUGGGCUGAGGAGGUCUGGCUGUUUGAAAUUCCAUGUGCCAAACAAGACAAAACUCCAGUGUGGAAUGGAAACAAGCCUGGAAAGAUGGAAAAAUGUUCUGAAGAGUAAAGUUAAGUACAAUAGAGACAAUGCAGUUUUGCAGAGCCAGCCACUCAAUAUAUUGACAAUAUCCAUAUUUUUGCUUUUUCCCAGAUGUAAGUUAAGCUGAAAGAACUUCUGUUUUUGACUUUAAGCAACUAAUUUGAUAAAAAUUUUCAUACAGGAAAUAAAAUGUAUGUGUACCUUUUUGCAGAGAGAGACAGAAAAAUGUGCAAAUAAAAAAUUUCCUAUGUUGUGCUUGGUAGCUUGGUGUAGACAACACUGCGCUCCUUUGGAAUGUUGUUAGAUGCAUGAGAAAUUGCCUCUGUGAAAAUAUUUUUCAGUUUUCACUGAUUACACGGUAUGCUCUUGGAAAGAUUGCUUUUGUUAGGUAUGGACAGUUUCUUGUAACUAAAACAGAAUAAUGGGGUUUGAAAGGCUUACCACAGUUUUAUUUCAAAGCACUGAUAGUUUUGAGAGUUUCUGAACCCACAUGGGGGACGGAGGUGAAAAGCUGGAAAUAAGAGCUUGGCACUGUGUUUUAUAAAGAGCAAUUGGGGGGGGGUCCCUUUGGAGAAGUUGUUAAGAUGUUAAUAAAUGGUUUUUUAUUCUUUAUAUAAAAUAUUCAAGAUA